AUGGAAAGAGAACUUUUAAGACAUAUUGGAAUCACAUGUUAAAAAUUGUUGUCUAAAAGAUUUUAACUACCAGUUUGAAGGAAAAAUGGUAUACUGUGGACUUUAUAGGAGAUCUUUAAGCCCAGUGGCUCUUUAAAAAGUAAGUUUUUAAAAUUUGUUGUGAGUUUUCAACCUCAAAUCAGAUGGCGGAUAACUUAUAGCAGUGGAUUCCCCUAAAAUAGGUCUUAAAAAACCGAAACAUAUUGAUGUUUCAGAGAACUUCUAAGCUCCUAAAAAAUUUCCCAGUGAGGCUGGGGCCAUGUCCCUCACCCCACUUCCUUCCCAGGAAAGUGCACCUUUAGCAUAUAAUUAUUUUUUGCCUUACCGGUUAAGAAUGGUCCCUUACCUGCUGAGCUAAAAUGAGGGUGAACACUGCACCUCCACCUAACUUGUAAGGAUGGCAGAAGAUCAGGUUUUCUUUGUCAAAGAAGCCAACAAAACUUGGACCCUUCAAACUUCAUUUUUCAAAAGGCAACAACAAAAAAAUUGAGCGUUCCAUCCAUCUUAAGGGGUGGUGGGUGCUGAUAACAAAUUAGACAUCCCCUGAUGUAUUUGAACAGUCUGCAUAAUAUGGAGGGAGCCAUGCAAAAAUAUUAACCAUGCAUGAUUUUUUUAUUAGCCUUGCCUUCCUUGCCAUGCCUUGACUGUUCAUCAUUCCUGUUGUUUUCUACCCAAAGAAAGUAGACUGUGGGUGUAAAAUACAUAAAUGUUACACAUUCAGCCCCUUGCCACUGGAAAUCCUCCUGAAUUAUGAAAGUGGCAUCACAAAAUAAUAUAUUAUCACUUACUAUAGGGAAGCUGAGAAUAAAUUUACUCUAAUAUCAUUCACAUUUUAGUUUUGUCAUAUAUUUUAUGCCUCUAAGGUAGAUUAGCUUUUUAACUACAGUUUUCUAGGUGGCUGCACACCUUACCUAUUAUUUUUUUUAUGAAGGCCACUGAAAUCAAAGUCUGAGAGAAAAGAUGAGGAAAAUCCAGAAAGCAGUAAAAAUCCACAAGCACUACAAGAUGAAAAUCCUCCUGAAUGCAAAGGUUUUAAAGUAUUAUAAAAGUGGCAUCACAAACAUAUAUUAUCACGUAGGAAAGCCGAGAAUAAGUUUCCUCUAAUAUCAUUCACAUUUUACCUUUGUCAUAUAUUUUAUGCCUCCUAGCUAGAUUAGCUUUUUAGCUACAGUUUUCUAGGUGGCUGCAUACCUUACAUAAGAAGUACUGUCUUUUUUUCUCCCAACAUUACUCAGGGCUUUCAAAACUGGGAAGUGCAUGGUUAUUUUUUGUUAGCAGUUAUGGUAGAAGGAGAUGAAAGUAGCCAGCUAAGGGUGGCUAACUAGCCGGGUGGUUUUGGCCAGCUACUGGCACUUAUUAACAGCUCUUAAAUUACUCCAUGGGUCAUUAAGACAGUCAAACAAGUCAUCCACCUUAAAUUUGUACUGUGCUAAACUGAUAAUGUAAUAAACUAAGAAUAGUAAUCUGUGAUUAAAUUUGCCCUUCUUUACUUUUCUUAGCUAGUGCAGCCGAGACAAAAGAGCUAGCAGCACUUGAUGAUUUGUUAGCCAAGGCACAAAAAGUGCGAGAGAUACAACUAAAAGUAUGUGAAAACAGUUGUGCAAAAUUAAUAUUGUCAGUAGGGUUCGAAAAAAGUCCUGUAUGGUAGUCUAAGACAAGUUGAUUUUCUUGUUGGGCAAGUAAUAACUUUUUGAAGCUUACUUGGUACUUACUCAAUGGCCAAGGGUCCAAGAAAGUCAUCCUCAAACAAAAUCAUUAACUAAGACAAGUAAGAAGUGUUGCCUGGCUUGAAGUGCUUGCCCAAAGGGCAGGCUGAAAUUCAAGUCUUUUUCGAGCCCUGGCUGUGUAACACAUAAAAUUGUUCUACGUUUAUAAUGGACAAGUUGGUUACUUGAAGGAAAAAGGUGCAAUAUUAUUAUCAUAAACUUGUUUUGGCUUAUGUACAUGUAUCAAUUUUUGUGAUUAUCAUAGACAGAAGGCAAGUUGAAUCACACACUCUACAUCCCACAGAAGGCAUGAGAAGAAUAACGCUAGAAAUUAUGACACAAUUUAUUAUUCGAGUGAUGUGUGCACUGGGUACAUGUUCAUGCACAUGGUACUUUAAUAUUCGAACACAAAAGGGCAGCGUGGAAAAGUGUUAAAGGAAAGUCACGGUUAAAUCUAAUGUAAAAAAGUUUCCUUCCACAAAAUUACCCCCAGAAAGCUAAAUGGACAAAAUUAAUCUCUAAUCCCAAACUACCUGCCUGGGUAAUUCAAGUAUUACUAUAGCAUUUCUACCUUUGUUUGUUCACAUGAACAUCUAUGGUAGUUUUGCAGCUUUAUUGAGACAAGUUGUAUAAUAACUAGUAAGGGAUGUGCUAGAUGAAUCAGGCAUGGGAAAACUAAACCGCAAACUGGCUUUGCAGGUCCUGAUCUUCACUGGGAUUGGUCAUAGCACAAUAAACACUCCUAAAAUAUUUUAGGUGUUCACAGUUUUAUUAGUUUAAAAGUAACAUCAGGACUUAAUAAUAUUGUUGUAGUUAAUCUUUUAUCUCAGGAAAUUUUUAUAUUUUCUUUGUUUCAACUUCAUUUGUCAAACACUUUUAUCAUGAACCUGUGGCUCGGGGGAUUGGGAGACCACCCCCUGUGUAUCUGACAUUAAAUAAAUUAUCUUAUCUUAUUAGCAUACAUUACCAUACCCAAAAACAAAAGAAAAACAAAAAUUACCUGAGAUAAAAAAUUAACUACAACAAUUUAUUUAUUUCCUUUUGUAGGUUGAUGAAGCCACAGCUAAGGCUAACAAUCCCCCUAAAAAGAAAAUAACAAAAAAGCCCAUUCCAGUAGCAGGCAACAGUAAGUUCUUGUCUACCUGUUUUUCUUUGUUUGUUUGUUUGUUUGUAGUUCUCAUAGUUUUAUCAUUAUGCCUACCUUCUUCAGCUUGUGGCCCUGUCAGACUCUGACAGGGCAUACCAUAGUGUCCGAAUUAAUCGAGUGACCAUCUUAAGCGGGUUCUUAGAAGAAUAAAAAACAUCCCAGACACAUGUUUUAUCGAUAUAAAGAUGAAAGCAGAUAUUUUCAUGAGAAAACAUUGCUUAAUUUCUCAACUGUAACUGUAACAAAUUUAUCCUAAAGAAGUAGGUGUCCAUAGAGUAGGGUUCCACUGUAAUUAAAAACACAUUUAUUAUGCACAAAAUUCUAAGUAAUACCUCCAAAAAAUAGGUUUACAAUGAAAAAGGCAUCAUGACCCAGUUCAUAGCUGUAACCGCCAUGGUUACUUGUUGUUUGUGGAGGCUUCUAAAGAGUGUAGUGUUCUAUUGAUUUUUGAUAUAGAUUGUCUUAUAUUUGUCUAUAUCACAUUUUCCUAACUUCCUAAGGUCGUUAAGUAAAAUGUGAUAACGAAUUACCGGUAGGUGCACUGAGGCAGUUAUUGCUGUGUUUAUACCUGCAUGAAGACAGUAGUCUAAUGUCAGUCAGUUUACGGGCUCAUUGAGGGCUUAGAGCCAAGGAAUGUACUUGGUGAAUUUUCCUUUCUCUUUUGAACUUGUAAAGAGUCAUAAGAUAAGAUAAGAAGGUAAGAACUUUAUUUUCGCCUGAUAAAAUGAUCAGCAUGGAAUUCCAGUCCAUGAAAAUUUGCCUACAUUUGACAAAUUGAACAAGGCUAAGUAAAUGCAAUGAAGUUUGAAAGAAAGCCAGUCUGUUAUUUUCUUUCAGACUCAUCUGUUAAACAAUCCACUCAGCCUUCAGUAAAAAAGCCCAUUCCUAAACUGUCUAAAACUGCUUCAAGACAUCCUACAGCAGUGAAGAAACCCGCAGCACAGAAGUCAGCUGUGAGGAGUACAUACAGCUCUUCGUACAGCAGACCCUCAUCGGCAAAGUCCUUAGUUCAAUCUAGACACUCACAGACCAAUUCUGCCAAGGUGUACUUAGACAGUGUUUUUAAAGACACCAAAGGAAAGCUUUUGAAGACUGGUUCUAGAACACAAGGUGAGUGCUUCUCUUGGCAUGGGGUUCAAAAGGAUUAGGUCUCUGUAUUCUCAAUGAUUUUCCGUGUGUUUUAUCAUGUGAUUGUAAACUAUAAAUUGGUGUAAGAAACACCCUUUAAGGGAAACUUGUUGCCACUGUGGGAAAUAAGGACGAAUCUUGGACACUGUUAGUCAUGCCUUCUGGCAAAUCGAUAUGAAUAAAAUAAUAAUGGCCUCUCUCUACGAGCAGGGUUAGGCGAGUAUUAAGCAAGAAUGUAAUCCCAUUUACUCUUUGUCAGAUUGGCGUGUCUGCUGCUUCGUUUUGACUAUAUUUUAUUUAUGUAUUUUACGUCUUUUUUAUAUCUCCCUUGUGUUAAGUUUAUUUAUUACUCACACAGAAAUAGGAAAGUUAUGAUAAGUUAUACCAGGAGCGUAGCCAGCUUUUCGACUAGUUGUAGGCCUGGCUGACCUCGAUUUCCACACAUCCUGAACAUUGCACGCAUGAGUAGUGCGUACUGGCCUCACCAACACUUUGAGCUCCUAAGCUUUUUAGCUGACCCAACAAUACAUAAUACAGCUAUUUCGAGAAAGGUUGUCGGGAAAAGUGCACGCGACAAUCCUGAAAGGCAUUGUGGGUGGUUUUGAGUUCUCUUUUUUUUUCAAAGAAAGUUGAAAGAAUUGGUACGAAAGGCUAUGCAAAUGUGUUUGCGAGUGCCAAAGGAAAGCAACAAAAUUAGGUUCGACAGCUACAGUCGUCAGGAACCUUUUACUGAUCAUAUCCCAUAUUACCUUUCGGGAUUGUCGCGUGCACAUUUUUUCCGACAACCUUUCUCGAAAUAGCUGUAUAUUACAAGCGGUAGAGUGAUCAAACCAAAAAUUUGUAGGUCCGGGCCUAUAGGUUCAUGGACUGGCUACACCCUUGUAUACAAUAAUGUAAUCCAUUUUAAUUUUCUUCAGGUUUACCUGUCUGGUUCUCCUUUCUUUCUUUUCUGUAUUUCCCUUAAAUGGUUGAAGCAACUAUUUUGAUAUUUCAGUCAACUGUGCGUUUUUAGUUGAUGUUAACAUUGCCUAGAAUUUCGUGAUCUACUGUAGCAUGGACAAUACGAGUCUAAUAAAAAAAAACCCGGCCAUCUCAUAAUGUGCUGAGAUGAUUACAUGAAAUAAAUCGUGGUAUACUUAUUUUCCAGGAGCUGACCCCUCUUCAAGGAGUGUUACAAGACUAUCUGACAGUGAAGCACAAAGGGAAGAAAUAUCCAUUCACAGCGAAAAAGAUUCCAAUUCAUAUUCAAAGGAUUUACAUCAUGAAUUACAACCUGGUCCUUUGCGGGGAAAUGAACCCGUCACAACAGUUAAAACACUUGAGGCAUUUAAAUGUGCUGAUAGAUCCACUGAAUUAAGUAGAGAAUUGCUUGAAAGUAAAUUACAAGUUGGUGUAAUGAACCCUUUAGCAUCGGAUGAUUUGAGCAACAAAUUUCAAAAUACAACGGGGAAACCAUGCAAAUCUUCUGGGCUAAGUAACCAGGAUGGCCAAUGUACUCAAGAGACCAGGCAUGUUCAUGGUCAAAAAGGGGAAUGGUUUGAUCCUUUCAGCAAAGAAGCUGAACUUGUUUUGCCUGGUAAAUAUCGCAAACUUAAAGCUACAAGCUCAAGGCUGUAUUCUGAACUAAAAAGCGACACUUGCAAGAGGGACGAACCUUCACCAUGUCAGCAUUUUGUUAAUCGUAUUGAAUGUGUAUUUGAUGCAGAAGGAAUUUCCACUCAUGAGACAUUAAAAAGCAACGCUCGUGGACUUCUUGAAGAACAUGAAAAAUUAACAAGACUCACUGAUGAAGUUGUUAAUAGAAGUAAUAAUUUGAACGAGAAUUCUUCAUGGUCAGAAGUCUAUAAAUGCUACAGACACUGGCAAGUUGUACUUAGUAAGUUCAAUGAACUACAGAGGAAGACUCAACAGCUAUUGGAAGGUAAGAAGACAAUGUAGCACUUUCGCUUUACACCGGUUUCGCAACUAGUCAAAUUCGCUACGUUUGAGUUCGCUACCUACGUACAGGUCUCACUGGCUAUUGGCAAAGGCCAAAUUUUGCACCUUCAGAUGGGCAAGCGUAAAAGAACGAGAAAUCUUUUGAACGAUUUUUUUUUCUAGUGUUAAAUGAUUUACAGAAACAGAAAGUAAUAUGUAGCGAACUGGACAAGUAGUGAGACAGGCUGUUACCGGUACGGUUACUAUUGGCCAUGCGGAGCCGGAAGACCUUAGAUAACAAUAACCUCAACCAGGUCAAUCUGUUCGAACCCUGAUGAAAGCACCAGACUUUUACCAAAGUGCUUUGAAGAACACACUAUUUUUCAGAACCUCGUUUUAACGAGCCUUUACGUCACGAAGUUCUCGGUAUAGCGAACGAUUUUCUUCACCCCAGUAACAGUAAAAUAUAUGAAAAGGAAACCUCGUUUUAGCGAACAAAUUUUGCCAGUCCCUUGGCCCUUCAUUAUCUCAAGGUUCCACUGCAUUGUAUCGAGGAGAGACCGUCUCUUCCCGGUCCUUUAUACGCCCUUUAUACGUGUGUAGUGUUGACCCCCCUUCCAUCCCUAGGUACGCAAUUUACUUCAAUUCUCUCCCCCUUCCAUCCCUAACAUUUUAUGGGCCUCCCCCCGCAACUUUGCGAGGUUCUUCGAUACCGAAGGCCAGAUCUGGUCAAAUUCGAUUUGUACACGUGAUCGCCUGUCAGGAAUGUGACAGGCUUGAACUAAAUCCUCAAAAUUGUAGCCGUAUUUCGAUGUGUUAAACAACUAAUUUAAUAGAGCGGUCAAGGUCUCUCUAACGAAACAUAGUUAUACGCACAGCUGACGUAUAAACCAACUAAUUUGUUGUUGUUCUUUUUCUUUUUCUUUUUCCUCUUCUUCGGCCGUUAGUUUAAAAUUAAUUAUCAUAGAACGCCGUAGCGCGAGCAGAAGAUCGCACUCACGUCACUCGCUCACAAUCUGGCAAAUCGACAAAAUUGAAUUUUCUUACUUGACCAGUUCUCGCCUUCGGUUUCGUCAACAAGAGAUCAUCUAGGUACGAGAUUAAAGUGCAAAUGAGGUGCAUUAUGGGAAAUGUGGAUGUGGCGUAUUACCUUAUGAUUUCUUUCCCCAAUAAUUAAGAACAUUUCCCAGUCAAAGCUUUAUUACGUUUUGGACCAAACACUAUUGGAGCCGUGACACGCGCUUGUAGUCAAUAGUAUCUUUAGAAAUUUAGAAAGUGCGAUACUGUUCUCGCUGAUAAGCCUUGGGGGUAAUCCUGGCUUGUUGCGUUUUCCAGUUUGGAGGAAUAGUUUCCCCCUUUCUCUCGAAAUCGCUUAAUCGCUCUUUCAGCUGUCUUUCGCCUCUUGCCCUUAACUUAGAAAGGCGUCCCUUUGGGCCUUGUUCAUUACACUCUUUUUUGGCAAAGAGGCCUUCUUUAGUAUUCUCUACACAUUUUCUCUAGAAAUGUGGCACAUUCGAGCGACUCUCCGUAUGUGAAUUUUACGCAGAUAGUAUACACGUGCUAUAUUGUCACGCUAUCAAUCGCCCACUUGAAAGCUAUUUGUGUACCGUUUAGUGCACACUCAGUAGCUUUUAUUUUCCAAUACUCUACUGCCAAAAAAGAUUUCUGCGAACUGGACAUUCUUUGUGUUAUUGUGUUGUGCCAAAAUAAUUCAGUUCACUGCUACAGAAACGUUCGCGAAACACAAUGGACGCCCCAACAACUGCCAACAAAGCAAAAGCCAUUCGCUUGUGACCGACCGGCAGAUUAACCUCCGUAUCUGUCAACACGCGUUCAAAUUCCUCCCCGACACAGUCUCAGACAAAAAUAGUUGGGUCACUUAGACCAAACGCUGUUUUUUCCUUCUUGUGCUCCCCUUGUCCCUGUCAAAGUUGUUUAUCGCGUUUCAGUCACCAAACCUUGUACACCAACAUUGAGGGGACAAGGAGACACAAAAGUGUCCCAACAAUUUUGACUGAGACUGUAGCUUCGUUUAUGUGCGUAUAUAACUACUGUGUAGUGUGGUACAAUGGUAAAUACAUAUAUUUUUUUCUUGCACGGAUUUACUUCCGCCGUUAUUGGAUUUAUACUGCCGUACAAUCUACAGAUCCACUGUCUGCUGAUCAACUUCGAAAUCUUUAAAAGCCGCCUUACCCACUCUCCCACGUCACUGCCUCAGUUUAUUUCCUGUCAUCGCCAUGGACACGUCUUCAUUUUCUCAAAAACCAACAGGUGUUAAUCGUUGUCGAAUGCCAGUGCAUGAGUAGGAAAUGCAAUCGGUUCAAAGAGGUCAGGAUCAUACGUUGAUUGACGUCGACAUUUUUAUAUAUAUAUCUGAUUAUCACAUGACAGAGGUAAGUAAAAUGCUGAUAACCAUGCUGAUAAACCACUCGAACUCCAUGGUUGUAGUCACGUCACAUUUCGCCUGCAACAGAAAACUACACACCUUAUCUACGGCGUGUCUGUAGACAGUACAGGGAUGUUUUUCUCCGAGAUAUUUAUGUCGAGUGUACUUGGUGGCGUCUUUGGUGGAAUGUUGAUUUGGCUGCUGAUGAAGAUUUUGGAGAGCGGACAAAAUGGAUUAAAUGUACCUCGGAAGAUACCUCGCGAGCAUGACGAAAGGCAUUAAGUAAGUAAGUCCCUUUUAAGUCAUGCACUUGUAGAUCCGUCGGUGCAUGGUAAAAACAUAUUCGCAGAAAAGUUUCACCCCGUCAUAGAAGCAAGACUUUUAGUCAAGGGUAAUUGGAAAAUAUAAUCGUGCAGUUAUACUUUGCAAACUACAUGUAAUCAAAUUUCACCUUUUAAUAUUUUUUAAACUUGUUUUUUUAGUAGUUUCCUUUAUAGUCAAUGCUGGUGCUUUAUAAUGUAGUCAGUGCCAGUGCACCAUUUUGAGAAAUGAAAAAAGCCCGUACUUUCAGAGUUUUAUUUAUUUUGUUAUUUGAACUCAGUUCUUUUGUUGACAAAUGUUAUAUAUAUUUUUUAGCAACUAAGAUAAUUGUAGUCUGUCUACUUUGAAUUGUUAUAUAUAUUUUUUAGCAACUAAGAUAAUUUGCAGUCUGUCUACUUUGAAUUUGCAAUGUACAGCACGCUGGUUACUAAUAAUUUCAAACUUUACAAUCUUUUUCAGUACAAACUCAAAAAGAAAAUUUUAGCCUUUUUUUUUAGUAUACAUUUCUGAAGCCAUGUGUAGCCAGUCAGAUCAGUGGCCGGCCAACAAUAUUCGGAAUUCAUAAUGUUGGCAGGGGAACGAGUGUUAUCGACUGAAAGAAAGUAAUUCAUGUGUGGUUUUAACAGACCUGUCAUGAUGUAACAAACUUGUUUAUCUCCGAAGCGGUGCACAAGCCACAAAGCCGCUUAUCACGAGGCUCAAAUUACUACUUCCGUUCUGCGCCUUUUGCACUUUGCACUGUGAGCCUAGUAUAGGAGAAAUGAAAGUUCUACUAAUACUGAGGAGAUUGUAUAGAUUUGUUUUUUGUGACAACAAAGUAUUUAUUUUGAUAAGAUUUUGUCAACUGGAACGUGGAACUCUAGCAGUAAAAAAGGAGGAAGAAACUUAUUACUUGAGUUACGAUACUGUACUUUCCCUUGUGGACUAGACAUACACAUGUGGUCAAGUCACCGAAGAUACAUUGUCAGUCCUUCUUUUAUGUUGAUAACAAUUGAUGCAGUUUAAGCGCCAAAAAAGUUUGGGCCAUGCAUGUUAAUAAUAGCUGAUUCAGUUUUCGCGCAAAAAUAAGCUUGGGCUUGCUUGUGCAACUGUCUUUAUCUAUCACUUGAUGACCAUCAGAUGUAUAUAGUUGGCAGCGAUAUGUCCAUUAUGUGUACUAAUAUGGAAAAGGAAGGAAACUCUGCCCUUAAAUGGUAUAAGAACGACUAUUUACUGUCCAACCCAGAAAAACUUAACGCCAUAGGGAUUAAACAACGUAAUGAAACUGAACAGAUUAACAUCAAGAUCGGUGAUCAAGCGAUUAAGACAUCAGAUAAUAUCAAGCUGCUGGGUGUGAACUUCGACGAGAAUCUAAUUUUUAGGCAAUAUUAGCGAAUUAUACAAAAAGGCCAGUCAAAGGGUAGGCGUUCUCGCCAGGUUAAGAAACUUAAUUACUACGGAGGCUAAACUAUUACUUUAUAAAACUGCUAUCAUGCCAUAUCUCAUCUAUUGUCAUCUCACAUGGCAUUUCUGUAAGGCGUCGGAUACAAGAGAGGUUGAAAGAAUUCAAGAGCGGGCACUAAGGAUAGUUUAUAAUUCACAUUCAGAAACGUAUAUGAACUUUUUAGAUCGUGCUAAACUACCAAGCCUUCUUAUUAGGAGAUUACAAGACAUAGUUAUACUCAUGUACAAGGUUAAAUAUAGGCUAUUUCCUGAUUUCAUUUGUGACAUUUUCAGUACUAAGUCUUGUAAAUAUAAUUUUAGAAACCAAAAUUUGAUAUUCCUAGAUUUAAUUCUGUAUUGUAUGGUAAACACUCUCUUAGAUAUCUCGGACCGUUUUUAUGGAACAAACUAGAUAAAAACAUCACUGAAACGAGCAGCCUAUCUCGGUUUAAGUUUCAUAUUAGAUGCAAGGAUCCUACUGAACUGAUAAAUGGCAGCAAUUACUCCGCGUGCGUAAUUUGUACCUCUUAAGUUGUGCCCGUGUUCCUAGAAUUGUUUUGAUUAUUUUAGCAUAUUGUAAAUGAAUAUAUAAUAUAUAUAGGAUUAUACUAUAGCUUUUUUUUAUAACUUUUUUAUUUCUUAUCUUUUAUUUAUCAUAUUAUUCAUUAUUUAUUUUAUCUUUAUGUUGUGUCCCCAAUUAGCGUCAGCUAAAUACAUCGACACAUGAAUAAAGUUCAUCAUCAUCACUUGCGCUUUCUACUCAUCCCUACCAUGAAUUGGCAUAGAGCGGACUAUGGUGAAAUGUCAAACAUAACCUCAAUUCAAAGCAAAAAUAAAUCAAGUUGAUUUAUUUUUGCUUUUUUUGGCCUUUAGGUUUACUAGAAGCCAGCUAAUUAAAGUGUCCUUUAAAUGUUUCUAAAGCAAUGACAAACUGUAAAAAGUAAGAUCACAAAAAGAAGACCGUUCCUUUGAUUUAAUAUUUACAAUAUUUUAAACUUCUUCGAUAAAUUUGCUCUUUCCUUUUUUUUCUUGCAGUAGACUGAAGGAUGAUUAGAUUGCUCUAAACUGAAGUUUAAAGCUACGCCUUUGUCUUCUUGGAGAAUCCACAUGCUCUUAUUGUUUCGUACGCUAAGUUUGUUUCAAUACGAUAAUCAUUUCAAAUUUGAAGUUGAUGAGACAAACAGUUAAUGUGAAGAAUUUAACGUAUUACAGAGUUGUAAAACUACUUAAGGAUAAUUGUGCGCACUGCAAAUAACUGUAAUUCAUGCAAUAUCUGAAAUGAGAAGCUGUUGUUCGUCCUGGCAAUAAAGUACGCCUUUUUUACCUUUUAUUUUUCUGUGGCCUGUCAUUUCCUACAUGAACAAAUUGAUAGUGUUAAGCCACAAUUUUUGGCAUUGUAAGACCUUCACAAAAUCCUUCGCUAUGCCAUUUGUAUUUGGGCUUUUAGUCUAUGAAACUUUCGGAUUAAGAACGUUUUUAAAGGGGGUAUGUCACGAAAAUAUUACUGUUUUUUGACAAUUCUGUGCUGAAGUCAUUACCUACUUCCUUUUACCCAUACACCAAAUGCUCCCGUAGAGUUAUAAAGAAAAUAUCAAACAAUUGCACCGGGGAGAUCACUAACCAUUGUAACUCUCAUGUUGAUUUUUCGAGGGCAUAUUAUCAGCGGCACCCAACGUCAAUUUUCGGAAAAUAUCUUUUCGGAAGACGAUUUGAGAUCUAGAACUUUCGGAACAUUUUUGGUAAAAUUUCUUGCUUGCCUGCCUCCCCUAGAAUUUUCGAACAUCUAAAAAAUAGUAUAAUUGCCCACUUUUAACGGAUUUUUACUCUAAAAGGGUAACCUACCUAGGAAAUCCGAACAGAUGAAAAAUGUUUAGGGGGUAAAAAAUGCCUACGUCUACCGUUUAAAAACUAAAAUACGUUUAACAAUGCUAUGCUUAUGUGGUUUUGAACUAUAUUCUCUUUGGGUGCCCCUGAUAUUAUUAAAACUUGAUAAAGUAGGCCGGAUUUUUUAAGUUUCAAGUCAUUAUAUAUCCUUGCCAUCCGUAACAACAGACGACAGGAAACAGUUUCAGUGCUUACAUAUAGUCUUAAAUAACACAAUUUGGAAUCCAGUUGGUGCGAAAAAAGUUUUAGCUUUUAAAAAGAUAAAUAGCGUGCUGACGCGUGACAUACACCCUUUUUUGGAUUAUAAAAGAUGUCACUAAGAGCGUGGACACUGUACUUUGCCACGCACAGAAGUGUUGCGACAAAGUACAAAUGUAACAUUGUCCCAAGGCCAAGAGAGGUUUUUUUGUCCAGCGGUUUUCGUGAAAACAAUGGUUUUGGAGGGUUGCUUAGUCUCGCGGGCUCACAAAACCUCCCUUAGGUGGAUGUUAUUUUGUUUUUGCCCGCACAAUAAUAAUAAUAAUAAUCAUCAUCAUCAUUAUCUUUAUACAGGGAGCUCACUACACAAAAAUGGUGUCUCUUUCCAAACCUGGCCUUUUAAUGUGUUAUCUCAACUUUCUCCAGCGAAUCAAGUAACCCUUUGAACAUACUGACCGAACAUCCUCUAAAGUAGGUCUCCUCAUAGAACAUAGAAUGAACGUCCGUCCAACUAUUUGAUUCCACAUCAUAGCACUCCACCAUUCGGGUAUUGUGUUGCUCGAUGUUUUCACCUCCAACUCCUCCAAACACGUAGAUUCGAUCCCGUAACAGAACGGCACUUGCAUGAAACCUUCGAACUUGCAUGGAUGGAAUUAAGUGCCACUCAUUUAAAGUAAUGUCAUAAACCUCGCAACUUAGACUAGCGUAUCCGGUGAAUGCAUCGACUGUUCCACCAAAGACAUAGAUCUUCUUUCUCAGGCUCACCCCAGCAGCACAGCCACGCUUUUCGUUCAUUGAAGCCAUGGGUGCCCAUGUAUUUAAUCUGGGAUCAUAUCUUUCGAGGGAAGAUAGGAAAUCAUGAUCAGCAAGCCCUCCGAUGGAGUACAAGAAGUGUUCGUCUGUUACAAGGCAAACAGAGGAGCGUCGACUACUUAAAGGAGCAGCCAGAGUCCAAGAAUUCGUUGUAGGAUCAUACCUCUGCACAGCGUCACAGCGUCGUCUUUCGUGUUCCUCACCGCACUCAAUGCCACCCACAACAUACAGAAGUCCCUGUAAGGUGGCUGCCCCGAUCAGUUUGACUCCUUUAUUUAACGGCUGCACAUAGCUCCAGGUAUUAGUACAUGAGUCGUAGCGUUCGACACUACAAUGAAUAGAAUCUCCCUCCUCACCGCCGAUGGCGUAGAAAGAUCCUUGACAAGCUGCAAACCCAUGUCUGAAUCGUCUAGAAAGCAUAGGUGCUAGCUGGUACCAGGUUUUGUCGGCUGGCACAUAACAGAGAGUCGUAUUGCGAACGAGUCCACCAGGGAACAUACCCCCACAUGUGAGGAUAACAUCUUCAUGAGUUUGGAGGCAUUUUCUGGGCUUCUGUGGCAAGAUAUCCUGACCUGUUAGCUUGGCACGUCGACUCAGUUCCUCCAUGACUGUUUUCCUACAUUCUAGAUUGCUAUGUAUCAGUUCGUCGUGCACGAGUUUUAAGUAGAAAUGUUGCUGGGAAAUGCUGCUCAGUCGAACGUGACGAAACAGUUCUGCGAAAUAUUGCUCCCGUUCUUGUUGAUUACCUCCGAUCCACUCCAAAAUAUAUUCAAGGAUGUCUUCUUCCGCUUGGAUGACUAUGUCAUCGGUUGAAAUUAAAUCCUUAACGUGAUCAACUCCAAGCGUUAAGAAUUCUUUGGAUCUUGCCACAGUCCCAAAAUUUUUCUUGAUUAAUUCGCGAGCGUAACUUUUUAGCUUUUUGCAUUCGUAUUUCUCACCGAACAAAUAGUUAUAUAUGCAGUUCGAGGCUGUCGUGUGAAGUUCCAUGAAUUCGCAAGCGGUGUCUUUAAGUCGGGGAAGAAGCAAAAAGUUCGCCGACGCGAUUAGAUCUUCGGCGUUAGUUUUGCUUACCUGAAUCUCACCAGUGUAAAGGUAAGAUAAAAGAUCAUCCAUUAUGUAAGCUGGUAUUCCUUCAAGCUUCACGACUGGCGCCGUUUUCUCUCUCAUAUCGUUUGUGAAUAGGCUGUUGAAAAACUCGCUGCUCGAUGCUAAAACACAUCGAUGAGACGCGAACCUUUGCCCUUCAACGUCGAGUGUAACGUCAGUCAGUAAGUUUUCUUUUCUAGAUUUGUCAAGUUUUUUCAUCAGUUUCCAGCAAUAAGGACUAGCGAUUGGCUGAGGAGCACUUUCUGCCAUUCCUGUUCUCAGUGUUGUAUUUAGUUCAACUGCUUGUGGUGUCUGUCCUUUGCUCGCAAAACAACAUACCAGCCUUUCCGGUUAGUCAGCCUCAAAGUCACAUGUUCUGAUCCGCAGCAAAUCAGUCAUGUGCAGCUAAUUUGUUGUUAGCUAGACUGCUUGCAGUCCGUCUUUUCUCUUAAAAUCCGUCUAGAUUUCCGGUGCAGUACCUUUGCAAAGAAAAAUAAGAGACUGCUCGCAGUCUAGUUGUUAUCAGAACUCAAUUUAUUGUGGUCCUAUUUUAUACAUUUGAGAUCAUAGACUCUAUAUCCCCAUUGUUUAAUUUUUUAAGCCACGGACAGAAAUUGAAAUUGCUAAUUUUCAGUUUCUUUAAGAAAGGAAGGAAAUCUUUGCCAAAUGAUUAUGAAAGGAUUGCGAGGAGAAAUUUACGACGGUAUUCAUAGACUUGAAUAAUCAGGGUUAGGAGACAAAAGAAAUUCAGAAACUGUUUUCCCGGAAUUUCAUUUUACCCCAGGUCCUACAACAUCAGGGGCACCCAGCGACUGUCUUCUGUAAGAUAUCUGUUCGGAGAAGCACAAAUUGCCUAACAUUUUCUAUAGCUUGAGGAAGGCUAAAAAUUUCUAGAUGACCGUUCCAUUUGUGUACAAUUUUCGUUGCAUAUCUAAUAAAUUCCCUACGAUUUUCUAAAGUUUAAUUUCGCAUUUUAGUCCCCAAGUGCAAGUUAGGCUGUUUUUCGAAGAAAAAGGAAACCUAAAAUCUUUGGAUUCGAAAAUGCGACGGAGAGAAGAAUCAGAAAAAUUCUGUUUUUCGUAAAACUUAAAAUUGCAUCUAAAAUUUUGGAGAAAAUAAUACCGAAGCCCUUGUAAUUUCGAAAAGACUCAAGUUGCUCUAGGACGACCGAACAGAUACAAAUUUUAUGGCGCCGCUUAGAAUGCAUUUCUAGAGAUCUGAAAGUACUCCGGAUAGCCUUAAAAGUGUUUUCAAUGUAUUUAGGAGGAAACCGUCGUUCGGUGCCCCCGAACAAAGCCCGCAACAUAACCAGCCCCUACAAGUGCCGUAUCUCUACACUGUGUAUGGUAUUGUAACAAUUGAAACGGACAAAGUAAAAUUUAAAAUGAAACAGAAAUCACACUUCUUGUGCAAGUGAUUUAGUAAAUACAUCCUCUCUUUGUAAAAACUAUUUUCAUGAUCAGUUUUAUUUCUCUUUAUAGCCGAAGAACAGCUGUCAAAACGCUGCCCUUGUGGGAACUGUGAUGCAUUCGAUCGAGUACCCUCGCGGGAUGUCACGUGUGUACGGGACUCCUCGAAUAUUCGGGACCAGGGCAGCAGUAUAGAAGGAUGUAUACUUCUUUCCAGUUGGAUGCCUGAUGAUAUCGAAGUCAACUUAAGGGAUGAAUUAUGCGAGAACCUCAUAUGGAAAUAUGAGUCAGUUGAUUUUUCUUACAAAUCUCCCAAGGUUAGCGAAAAAGCAUUAAGCAACAAUACCUGUAGAUCUUAUUCACGAUACCCACUAUUUUUGCUCUCGCUUUAGGACUGAUGUGAUAAAAACAAUGUCACUGCACCUGUAUUGAAGGAGGGAGACUACUCUGAUCAGAGGAGGGCGAUUACUCUGAUCAGUUAGUGUCUCAGUUUUUGCCCCGGAGGAAUUUAGCCUAGAAGGCGAAAUCCCGGGGAAGCAUCCUAGUAGCUCGUGCGUAUAUGAAGCAUGGUUGUGCUCUAGCAGAGCCCGGUGGCCCCUGGCCCCUAACUUUUGUCAUUGGGCGACUAGAAAAUCUUAGAUUUUUCAUACAUAUCACAUGCUGGGCACCCUGGAUUUUACAGUUUCAGACCACCGGGCUCCCUCCAAUUUUCCUUAGAACACAACCUUGUGAAGGAAAGUACGCACAGUUGCAAUCUGCAGUUAGUAUACCAGAGGAGGAGGUCAUUUUGUCUUUUUUGUUCCUUUCUUCGUGCAGGAGUUAAACGAGCUCAUUCAGCUCCAUCAUGAGGUUCAACUGUUGCGGUUUAAGUUGAACAUCAGCCAACUUGCCGACGAAAAGUUGUUGCCGCUACUUGAGAAACUGGACCCGUCAGACAGGUGCCAUAAAAUCGAAACUUAGCGCCUGUUUACAUGGAGGUGGGGGAACCCAUGUAGGUGAGGUAACCCAUUCGUCCGUAUAAUUUCUGCUUUUAAUUCGAUCAGGUUUACAUAUGGACAUGCGGGUUACCUCACCUAAGGCGCUUCCUUCACCUAGCUCGGGUCACCCACCUCGAUGUAAAGAGGUUCCUUGUAUAUUCUGCAUGAAUUCAUGAGCCAAAGAUGAAAAAAUAAUUUCUUAAUUUUUAUCAUCUUUUGCUCUCUCUUUUCUUUCCUUCUUAUCUCUGUGCCCCUUUCCUUUCUUUCUGACUUCAAGAGACUCCGUUCGCCAUUGUACCUUGUUAUAUUAUAUAUCUUGUAUCUUGUUCAAGUGUUAAAAAAAUGUAUUGUAAGAGGGCACAUCUGUUGUCCUAUCAUUCACGACUUUUCAUUCAUUCAUUCAUUCAUUAUUCGUGUGAAUCCUUUUUUUUUUCAUUUUUCAGUGCAUUUGUAACUCUACAUCGCCUGAUGCAUGGACUUGUUUGUGGGGGCGGAAAGGUGUUUCCAGCCAUGGUUCUCGAUAACUUGUGAGCCCAAGCAGCUGAUCAGCACAGGGUUGAGUGUUGUAAUCAGUUAAAUGUAAUGCUUUUAAAUAAGUAUUGUUCCUGAAAAGCCCCUUUGGGGAGGAAACAAUAAAGAAUGUAUGCAUUUAUGUAUGUAUGUAACGCUGUGGUCCCUAAUAUGAUCUCCUUACGUAUUUUGGAGCUUCAAAAUUAUUCCAGUUACGAUCAACAUUAAAGGUUUUUCUCACGGGAUAAGGCGUUUUACGUUGGAAGGGUUAAAACUGCGUGUGCCUGCUUUCUCCAGAGAAACAUAACAAACUAACCAUGGAAACGUAAACACUUUAAAAUAAGUGACUAUGGAAACUACCGAGCAGUUUUUCUGGCAUUUCGAAUUCCCGCCAUUAGACAGCCAAUAAGUAGAGUGAAUUUGAAAUUUCCUGCGUCAAAGAUGCCCCGCACGCAGCAAGUACCACGGGAACGAUAUAGAGCGUUUUCACGUUACGUCACGUCCGGUAUUCCAAACCAGUCCUGUAGGAGUUGAACAUUUUUUCGUGUGUAGAAAAU